AUGAUUCGGACUGAUAAAACUUUAACGUCGAUUUGUAAAAUAAUCAAUUAUUCACAUAUGUCAUUUAAAAAUAAUUUAAAUAAAUUAAUUAAAGAAAAAUGGGAUGAAAAAAAAUUUUUUUAUAGCUUUGAAUUAAUUUCCCAUGAUGAAAAUAUUCACAAAAGAUUUUUUAUGGAUUUACGAGAGUACUCUCCAUUAUUUUACGCAUUGACUUGUCAUAAAAAAUUAAAUAUCAAUAAUUUGAAUGACAAUUUAUCAGAAAUGGAUAAUAAUUUUCUUUUGCAUGUAACAGCAAGAGGAAAAAAUAAAAAUGAUGUUAGAAAAAUAUUAGACAGAGCACUAGAACUUGGUAUCACUGGUGUCCUUGCUCUCCGCGGAGAUGAGCGUAGGACUGGGGAUUUUCCGUAUGCUGUAGACUUAGUUAAAUUUAUAAAAGAAAAUUACAAAAAUAAAUUUAGUGUAGCAGUCGCUGGAUAUCCGGACAGACAUCCAGAGUCAGUCUCUAAAGAGACUGAAUUUUUUUAUCUGAAAGAAAAAGUAAACGCAGGAGCUGAUUUUAUCAUAACGCAAAUUAUUUUUGACUCGGAAAGUUUUAUUAAUUUUGUAGCAGAUUGCAAAAAUUAUGACAUUAAUAUUCCAAUAAUUGCUGGAGUUCUACCAGUUAUUAAUUAUCCUUCUCUAAUUAAAUUAAUGAGCACCUGCAAGUGUACACUUCCGCAGUCAGUCCACGCAGAGCUACAAAAAAUAAAAGAUGAUGACUCAGUUGUGCAGCAAUACGGCGUUGAAUUAAUAAUUAAAAUAAUAACUGAUAUAAUUGCCAGUGGAUCUUACGGAUUUCACUUUUUUACCCUUAAUCAAUCUUCAUCGGUAAUAAAAAUUUUAAAUAAAUUAACUAUGUACUGAAAGAAAUAAAUAAAAUUUAAAUAUUCAAAAGUCCCGCGCAAACUUAAAAAAUUGAAUGACUGGUUAUUGUCUUACGUGUGGGCGCGCAUGCGCUGAAUUUAUCUCGAACUUGAGCAUGCGCAUUUAGAAGGAAGCGUAUGUCGAUCUACCGCAAGUGUUGGCAGCGUUUGUGCGUUUGGUAGAGUCGAGUUGGGCGCCAGAUCUUUGCGCGGUCGGUUCGGUCGAUUAUACAGAAUAAGUCGAGCUAAGGGAUAAAACCUUCGUCUAAUAAAAAUACCCACGUUUCUUGUAUCGAGGAUAAUAAGGACAAUGGCACUUUUUCGUUUGAGCGCGGCACGAUGCUUAGAACUACAA